GUAACAAUGGAGGGCUACUACCACUCCAACAUCCAUAUGCCGGCUCCGCUUGGGUCUCCGGAGAUGAAGGAGAAGCGCGAGGACGGGGCUUCCAGUCUUAGGGCUGAGAGACCCGUGGCCGGUAGCAAAAGCCACCUCGUUGAACCCAAAGAGGAGGUUAAGAAUCCGAGGAAGUUCUACGUCCUCCUUCCGGUGCGGGUCGUCGUCAUCCUCAUUUCCCUCUAUUUCUUCAUUUGUUCCCUCGAUCUCCUGGCCGUUUCCUUCCGGCUGCUCGGCGGGAAGGCCGCAGGUGAGAUAUUUUCGGACGCGGAAUUGCUGCAGAAUCCAGUCGUGGGGCUUGUGAUCGGGAUCCUGGCCACGGUCCUCGUCCAGAGCUCCUCCACCUCCACCUCCAUCAUCGUUUCUUUGGUUACUGCCGGAAUCAUAAGAGUCCGUCAGGCGAUUCCGAUGAUCAUGGGGGCCAACAUCGGGACAUCGGUCACGAACACGAUCGUCUCUAUGAGCCAAAUCGGGAACAGCGACGACUUCCGCCGAGCCUUCAGCGGCGCCACCAUCCACGACAUGUUCAACUGGCUCUCCGUCGUCGUCCUCCUCCCCGUCGAAAUCACCACUCAUUAUCUAGAGAAAGUGAGCGAGAUAAUGACACGAGACAUCGGGGGUCGAGACGCAGAGGUCGAGCUCCUCUCCGUCAUCACUGAUCCUUUCGUCGACCGGAUCGUUCAAAUUGACAGCAAGGUGUUGACUGGGUGGGCCGAAAACAAACCUGAGUACAACAAUGCCAGUCUACUCAAGCAUUGUUCGGGACACGACUCCGACUCAUGUCUGUUCCCGUUUUCAUACGAUUCGUGCGCUGGCGGUUUAUGCACGUACGUGAAGGAAAUGAAUGCUGUCGUUCCAUGCCCGUUAGCAGCGGCGACGAAGAAAUACGUGAACGCAGAGCUGCCAGGUGUCCCGUGGUUGACCGGCUACGUCGCCAUCGCCGUGGGGGCCGGCAUGACGUUCCUCGUUCAGUCCAGCUCCGUCUUCACGUCGACCUUGACUCCUCUGGUGGGGAUCGGGGUGAUCUCGCUCGAAAGAAUGUAUCCGUUGACUCUGGGAUCCAACAUCGGUACCACUUCCACGGCAAUCUUGGCCGCUCUGGCAGCCGAUCCUAAAAAACUGAAAGAGUCACUUCAGGCUGCCUUCUGUCACCUUCUUUUCAACGUCACUGGAAUCUUGCUCUUUUACGUCGUUCCCUUCAUGAGAUUUCCCAUCCCUUUGGCCAAGAUUUUGGGCGAGACGACAGCCAAGUAUCGAUGGUUCGCAGCCCUGUACAUAGUCGUCAUGUUCUGCCUCUUUCCCCUCCUCGUCUUCCUUCUUUCCCUCGGCGGGACGUGGGUGUUGGUGGGGUUCGGAAGUCCCUUCCUAUUGGUCCUCAUCGCCGCUGUCGUCAUCAACAUCCUUCAGAGAAAGCGACCCAACUGGUUGACUGCGGUCCUCAGGAACUGGAAUUUCCUGCCGAAGCCCCUUCACAGUCUAGAGCCGUAUGACACCAUCAUGAUGAAACUCCCCUGCUGUGGUUUAUUCCGGAUGGCUGCAGAAACAUCCGAUGAAAUAGAAAUUCUUCCCGUAUAAAUGACAACAGUAUUUUCGGCAUGCAUGCCAUCAAACGCUUUAAUACCCUUGUAGCGCAAUUGCUAAAAGAUCUCAUCUUAUCGGGCCAGGAACACCAGAC